ACAAACAGCGGCACACAGGCUGGAAGGGUUUGCUUCAAAGUCCACACGACCCUCCGCUUGCCAAUUUUUCUACCAUCGUCUUCGUUUGCAAUACCCCGGAUUUCUCUCUGAUCACUGCACCGUGCGGUUUCCCUGCUUCACGCGAGUCCACGCUGUGAUCUUCCCAUCUUUGGUUCCUCUCUUUCCAUCAGGAGCAAGCCAUGGGACAAACUCUUUCAGUACCCGCUACCGACAAGAAAACGGACUAUGGCACAAAUGAGAAGUUUGUGUAUGCGGUGACAGAGAUGCAGGGGUGGAGAAUAACCAUGGAGGAUGCUCAUACUGUUGACCUCGAUUUCGAUGGGGACGGAAAUACAUUCUUCGCUGUUUACGAUGGUCAUGGUGGCGCUGCCGUGGCCCAUUAUGCCGGUCAAUAUGUUCACAGGAAACUUCUUCAAGAUGACGCAUACAGGCAGAACGCCUACCCUGACGCGCUUAAGCAUGCUUUCCUUGGGACGGAUGCAGAUAUGCGACAAGAUCCUGCUUUCCUUCGCGAUACAUCAGGAUGCACUGCUGUAGCAGCUUUGGUAACAAAUGAUGGUCGUAUCUUUGUGGCGAAUGCAGGUGACUCACGGUCAGUCAUCAGCGUCAAGGGUGAAGCGAAGCCGCUCAGUUAUGAUCACAAACCUGUGAAUGACUCUGAGCGAUCGCGAAUUGUCCAGGCAGGAGGGUAUGUUGAAUUCGGACGAGUGAAUGGUAACCUUGCUCUUGCGAGAGCGCUCGGUGACUUCGAGUACAAGAAGAAUCAAUCACUUGGUCCGGAGGCUCAGAUCAUCACAAGUAACCCGGAGAUCAUUGAACACAGAAUCACGAAAGAAGACGAAUUCUUCGUUAUUGCCUGUGAUGGUAUCUGGGACUGCUUGACUUCACAACAAGUUGUCGAUGCUGUGAGAUUACUCAUCUCACAAGGCAAAAAGCUACCAGAAAUAUGCGAAAUCAUUUGCGACCACUGUCUCGCACCUGACACGAACUCAGGAUCUGGGUUCGGUUGCGACAACAUGACCAUCCUCGUCGUUGCUCUUCUGCACGGUAGAUCAGAAGAGGAGUGGUACCACUGGGUUUCGGAACGCACACACUCCGGAUAUGGCUACAACACGCCUAAAGAGUUGCCACAACUCUAUCCCGCGGGACGUUUGGAAGCUUUCAGGCGACGACAUGCAGCAUAUCUCGCAAACGAAGCGAGAAGGAGAGAGGCAGGCUCACCACAAGAGAAGAAAUCGGAACCUCAGGGAAUCCAGCCGCCUAUCGUGCGGUUCCUAGGGGCACUGACCGAUAGGGGUACGUUUGAAAACAACCCUAUGUACGGUUUCCUCAGUGGAAAGGAUGACAUGGACGAAGACGAUGACCAUCAUGAUGUUGAUCUCCUCGCCGACUCACCUCCGCAGUCAAAGGACAUGACUGAUCACCUUAGGAGACAGCUGGAGGAAUUGGACAGUGACUCCGAUGACGAGCUGGAUUAUCCUGACGAGGACCACGCACAUCCGGCAGAUUCACCUGUGGAGUCUACGGAUUCACAACAUCGGGAACUUCAAGGCGAAGCUCCUCCACCGCCGCAUCCUAUACCUAACGGUGAAGCGCAUCAGCCCCAACUGAAAUCUGACCCCGGCGGAGACGCCCCCAGUGACGCUGUUCGGGCUGAAGGUCUAGCUGACAAGAGUGAAGACCCAUUCAAAGCUUGAUAUAACGCCAAUUUGUAUUUUUACUCUGGUGGUUCUCUGUUGGGUCUGUAUGUGAUGUAUCGGUUACUUCCCCCGCUGUCCUCAUUUUGUCCAUCGUCUGCUUUCUUCAUUUCCUCUGGUAUCGCCUGUUAACUCUAUCACGUCGGGUCUAAUGCCAUGUUGAAGUGUUUUUCUAUGCGUUAGUCACGCAACCUAUCCGUUCAACUCGAACGUGUUAACAAGCAGACCGUGUCUGACGUCCUUGUUUCUGAUACCCCCUUCUCAUACUUUUUUCAAGUCCACUUUGUGUAUACGUGUACGAUCCUUUUUUUUCAUACACAUUUCCUGUAUUUAAGUACUUCAAGUCAAACACUUCCAUGUAUGCACUGUGAUUCCAAGUUAGAGUUCGAACUUUGUAUCUAUAAUACAUCGUGCGCUACAAUCCAUUCUCCUUCGCAAAGACAUA